AGUUGCAUCCGAAGGUUUGGUUUUAUUGCUUUGUUUUUUUUGUCUGAAAGUCGGAUGUUUACGCCGCCUCGGUGGUCUACACCCAUACGGACGUCCUUCAGAAUGCUCGCGCACCCUCGCGCUGAUGACUUCUGAUGACUUAUUGAGCGCGUCGCACCCGCCUCGUGCGGUCCCUGUGGAAACGCCCCACUCGGUCCCUGUGUGCGUGGCUGUACGGUAAGAGAAGGUGCUCAUUUCAGAAUGGAUCUUUUCUCCAACUCCCACGCCAGAGGCGAAGGCUGGUACUUGUCCCUGAUGCCACCAAACACAAAAGGAGCGAACUUCGCGUGGCUUGACCCAUCAAGACUCUACUGCAGUUCAAAGGCCUUGUCAGACUGUGUGAAGGAUCUCCUUAAACCAUUCUACAACGACACCGUUGAUCUGGUGGUGGGAAUUGAUGCAAUGGGCUUCAUCCUUGGUACUGCUAUAGCCACCACUCUGGGAAAAGGGUUCCUGGCCAUUCGGAAAGCAGGACACUUAUGUGUUUCGACCAAAACGCAGGAGUACAGCGACUACACUGGAAAAGAGAAAGUGAUAGAGGUGCGAGAGGAUGUGUUAAAGCCAGGUCUGCAUGUCCUCCUAGUGGACCAGUGGAUCGAGACUGGAGGGACUAUGAAAGCUGCCAUCAAACUAGUAGAGGAACAGGGAGCUACAGUUGUGGGUGUUGCAGCUGUGGCCAUUGAGAACAGCGAGGGUGGAAAGUGGAUAAAGGAACACUAUAAAUAUUCCCACUGCAUCCCUGAAGAACUUCAGCCUCAAAUUGACAGACAAUUGGAAUCCUUCCGAAACUUCAGUCCGAAAAAUUAGACAGAAGGGCUGUUUUCUUCACUUGCUACAUGCAGUCUUCUGCCUUGAAUA